CCAGAAUGUGGAAGUUUUUGUUAAUUUUUGCCUUAAAAACCGCAACUUCUGAUGAAAUUUUUACAAGUACGUUCUCAGUGACUGAUCAGUGUAUUAGUUUGUGUAAGGAAAAUGAGCUGCCGCUGCUUGACUUGGAAAACUACGAGCAAAUCGUAUGCCAACGCGGUUGUAGGUUUUUUAACAUAAUUAAUUUUAAGGACGAGUUGAAUUUAAACACCACACGGAAGGAGUGCCAUUUGUCAUGCAACGAAUCUUACAUUGUCGCGAAAGAAAACGAAAUUUGCUUAAAAGGUUGCGAUUUGAUGGCGAAAAAGCGCCAGAGCGACAUGUCCACAUUUCUGGUGAUAACAGAAGAUGAUGAGUCGCAUAACAUUGUUUUGGCGGAGCCUGACUUAGAAAUAUUAGAAUCUGAUAUUCUCUCUGACCCGAGUAUUAAAAGUCAGCUUGAGAUCGGUUUCAAUAUUGAUUACAAAAUCCCCGAAACUCACAUCAGAACAAUGCCUAUCGAAUUCAAGGAUGACACGAUCGUGAUCAAAUCGAGUGAAUAUUCAGGCGACUGGCUCGAUUGCGCUUCCAGAAAUUCGGGGAUUCCCCGAUGGAUUCUCCUAACUGCGUUUUUGUCAGCGGUUUUAGUGGCUUUAUGGUUGAGUUUCUCAACUGAAAAGAAAAACACUGAGGAGGUAGCGGAGGUGGACAUUCCUGACGAAAAAUUAAUACUAGAAAACGAAGAAAAAGAUCCUGAACUUCUGGAGGAUUUUCAAGAAAUUGGAUUCUCGACUCCUCCAAAGUACACUGUUGAAAGUGAAAAGGUUUAAAGGUAGAUUUUUUAAGAGGCAUAUUUUCUUAAGGAGGGCUGAUCAGGCAUAGUAAUUGUGACUGUCUCGUAAAUGUGUAGUGGGUUUAUUUCAGCAUUUGUUACUUAAAUGCACAGCUUACUUAAUCAGUAAAAUAAGUUUGCGUUGUGCUUUUGUUUCUAAGGAAGUUACUGUGGUUAUGUGUUGCUGGUGUAAUAGAUUUUUCAAACAAAAGGGCAUAAUUUGAUUUGGUAACGUGGCUAUAAGUUUUCAGGAGAAAUUAACAGGUGGCGCCACAUUGAGUUAGGUCAUAACCAACUCGAUAUGAAAUUAUUACAUAAUUUUGGCUUAGCCUUCUUAUAUACAGAUACAUUUAAAUAAGAAAUAACAUUUCAGAGGAAUAAAGCAUUAAAUUUUUAACAGUAAGUAAUUAAAGUAAUCCAAAAAUUGUGUCGUAAACUAUAUUAAAUUUAUAAGAAUUCAAACUUUUAUUAUUUACAUUUAGUAGGGGCCAUUUUCAUAAACAAAUUUAAAUCUUCAAUUAAAUUUAAGUCGACUUUAAUUCUAUUUUGUUAUUACUUGAAUUGUACAAUUAAAAAAUUAUGUCCGUUUAGGUUUAAAAUCACAAUUUUCGUCCAUUAACUUAUUAAAUCCUCCAUUUAAUAACAACGUAAGGUAAUUGAAAGUACCAGUUCGUUUUUUGGAAGUGAAGAUGAUGUGUGAAAAAAGACGAACAAAAUACAGUUUGAGAAAUAAUUACUUACAAAUUUACUAAUUAUAGACUGGUUUUUAUAAGCGUCAUUAAUUUAUUCCUUAAUUAGAUACGUGAUUAACUGAGCACGUGACCAAAUUGAAGUAAUUUGAUUGGUCCAUUUGCGUUGUUAAUUUUUAACAACGAAUAAAAUUUUAACAGAGCUUUCUAUAAACCGGCCCUUAUUUUAAUUGCAAAAAUACAAUGAUUAGAAAAUAUUAAUGAAGAAGAUGAUUUAGAAACGAAGAUUUUUUGAUAAAACACAAAUGCUAAUGUUAGAAAAGUUCUAAUUACAGACCACUUUGUUGGGUUAUAAAAAAUUACUUACUAAUUAUUCUUUAACAUUAUUUUCUUAUUUUUUUUUUCUAGAUUUAGAGCAUCAUUUUUUGGUGUUCUCAGUAUCCCGCAAUUUUUUUAACUGCUUUAACUUAUUUCUUUUCUUCCUCCACUUCUUUCUUGUAUUUUUUUCUAACUUUUAAACAGCUCGUAGAAUCCUCGUAGAUAGUAUUUGUUAUUACCUGCAAUUAUUUUUCUGCCUCUGUUUUUCAAAUUGUCGAAUUUGGUUUUAAUUUCUGUGGCAUGAAUUUUUUAAAUUAAUUUAUAUUCAACAUAUUAUAUUAUUCCCAGGAGUUGUUUAAAUUUUGCAUCACCAUGCCGCUAGAGUAAAAAUAUUUGAACUGGUGUACCGGAAAAAGUUAAAAGGUGGUUAUACAGGGAGUUUCAUGUUUUAGUGCCAGUCAAAAAAUAAACAAGUACUUUUAGUUGUCCAAAAAAAAUAUUAUAUGGCAAACAGUAGAGUUUCUAACACGCUUCAAUUUGAUGCUUUAACGUUACCCAUAUGGUAUGAGCGUAAAAUGCAAAAAACUACAUUAAUUUUUUUUUAAUUAUUGCAAUCGUUUUCUCAUAAUAAAAUUCCUGCUUUAUUUUUAAGUGAGAAUUCCGAAAUUGAAAUAGUAAUUCACUAUUUGAGUUUCUGAAUUCUCUUGAAAAAUAGGAAGAAUUUUAUUAUGAAAAAACAAUUGCAAUUUUUGAAAACAAAAAACUUUAUGUAGUUUUUUUGCAUUAUAUGCUCAUACCUUUAAAAUUUGGGAUAAUGUUGAAGCAUCAAAUUGAUGUGUUAAAAACUCUAUCGUUUGAAAUAUUUUUUUUCCUUUGGGCAACUAAAAGUAUUUAUUUUUUUGACUGGUACUAAAACUGAAAACACCCUGUAUGAUCCAUUUUAUCUAAGAGAAAAGUAAUUUUUUUAAUAGUUUUGUUAUUUAUUAUUAUUAUUCAUUAUUAUUACAUUACUAUUAAUUUUGUUUCUAAAACACCCUAUGAAUAAAAUAGUUAUUAAUAAACAGAAAUAUCCAUACCAUUGCUCCACAAAAAUUAACAGUUUCUCAAUUUAAAAACUUCGAAACCAUCUCAUUGGCACAUUUUCGUAUGAAUUAUAUGAAAUAGUGAUAUAUAUUGUAAUAUUAACAGUAUUUAAAAAAUAUAUGUCUUGCCGAAUGUUGGCGACAGUGAGUCUGUUUAUUAUAAGUACUUUUUACUAUAUCUCAAAAACUAAUUGUCACACAAAAAUCAGCGUUUGCUAUUAAAUAUUUUAAUUUUUUCCAAAGCUACUCAAAAGCAUUUUUUUUUAACGUACGGCUGUAGCUAUCUAGUCUAAUAAGCUAUAAUUUAUCCUGAAUUUGUUCCACCGACAUUACAAUUUAAGUGUGCCCCUAGCGUUAGAGACAUUAUUUUCACAUCAUUGACCGUUUUUAAUUUUGAUCAAAAUCUUUCUCAGUUGCGCAGUGUUUGGGGAAAUGAUGUGGAUCCGUCUAAUCAAACAAGACAAGAGUUUUUUUUGUAAAAAAUGCAGAGUGAAGAAACACUUCCUUCUCUGAUUAAGAAAGCUGUGCUUAAAUGUUUUGAAACUACGUGGUUAAUACUUCUAGUCAAUGUAGAUUUUUUUGUCACUCGUUAUAGAAACAUGCUACAGAAGUUGUUAUUGGCGCACAUGCUUAACGAAAUAAAGCUUACGAUUUUUUUAAGAAUGAAUUCAAUUUGUAAUACAUAAUAUAAAUCAUAAUAUUUUCCGUAAAUGUAAUAUUUUAUAUUGUAAGAUUUGGGAAUAUUAAUAAAAUGUUAUUAAAAUCUAAUAA